AUGGCGAACGCUUCGUCCACUAACCCCAUCGACGAGGGCCUCCAGGAUCUGGGCGUCCCGGUGCCGGUGCAGACAUUCCUGUGGCAACAGAUAGCACCCUUCAUCCGGCCAAAGUUGGGCAAACUGCACGAGGCCAGCUGCAUGUUCUGUCAACACGCACCCGGACACCAUGAGCUGAAGGAAGCGUGCAAGUCCUUCGAGAAGGUGCUUGUGCAGAACAUACAGUUUGGACUCUCACCAUCACUAACGUCCGCGCUGGAAUCGAUCCCAAGAUGGCGCAUUGUGCAGGCUGCCUUACCGCACGUGAUACACUGUGCCGGUGCCCUGAUGCACAACCGUGUCAAAGAUCUGCAGGCGCUCGGGUCGGCCGAAACCAAGAUACUCUAUACGCUUCACUGGAUACUGCUGUUUGCUGCCGAGGAAUGUGCAGAUGCCGAAACUGACAAGGAUAAUGCGACGAACAAUUACCUCUUCUCAAUACCAACGAUAUCGCUGUUCGUGUUUUUGUUCGCACCCAUCGCGCACAUGCUGAAGGAGUCCGACUUCCAAAACUUUCGGCUGGAAAAUGGGCUGAAAAUGUGGCAGGGAAUGUGGGAGUAUCGGGCACCGAACGCGCCCUGCUUUACGGCACCGGUGAAACCGAAGGCACGCAAUUUACUGAGCUCCGUUAGCACUACUCCAUCGCCCGAGGUGUUCUCACCCAAGAAAAUGGAAAACAUUGAAUCACCACCGAGCAUCUAUUCCGGCAACAUCAAGCACGACGACGAGCUGUCGUUCGUAUCGUCACCAAAAGAUUCCGUCUUUCCGGAAACCAUCCCGGAAGAGGCGUCCAGUAUUGAGGAGGAGCGUGUAGUGAUCUUUCGGCUACCGAUGGAUGGUGGCGUCCCGGAUCCAUCGUACUAUACGGCCGACGCUAGCCUUCUGCACCACGGUGCCAAAUUCAACAAACCUUCCGCACAUCAAACACCGACCAGCAGCGGCUUUGGGACGAGGCCUCAUCCUCUGCACCAAUCCGAUCACCGCGGUGAACCUACAAGCUUCGAUUUCGAUAGGAUUGACACGUAUAGUAAAGACUCAAAACCGAAGACAAGUUCCUCAACGGAGCGGGAAUCCUUCGAUACGGAUCCAAAAAUGUCGCAAGGCCACAAGUGUGAUGUCAUAGCUGCCACCUUUCUUGAUGUAGCCGUACUGCGUUGCUUGUUCAUUUCGCACUGGCAAGAGGAAGGUGUCUAUUGGAGUUUACACUACCUCUACAAUCGACUGCGUGACAUCAGUGAAGAAACGUCCGCCCUUCCAUCCCACCCGAGGCGGCGUUCGAACUCGCUACCCAUACCGCAGAUUGAGAUUUCGCUCUACCAAGGUCCGAGCAGUAGCCGGGAUAGUCCCAGCAUCGGUUCAGCAAACAAAGACUACAUAGAGAUACCGGAUCCACCGAUCCCCGCCCUGCUGGCAGACGCACCGUACUACGUCUCCAAACUCCCAUCCGAUGAGUCGUCCCUUGGUCCACUCGGCGAACGGAAGGGUAGCGAAAAGAAGCGUCGCGUCAAGAUGGCCGACCUGCGCACAUUGAUCGAAACACGCAUCCUGUCCAAAUCGGACCGGGGUUUGGAAAAGAUUGGACUCGAUGCAAACACCAACGGGAAGCGACUCCAGCAGAUGGAGUGUCAUCGCAGCUUGGACACAGGCGAACGACAACUGUCCCGUUCGGCGUCGAUGAUAUCACGUGCACCAUCAACGAACCUCGUCAAGGGGAAAAGUAUGCCCAGUUUAAGCUGUCUCAUUGAUGGCGGAUGUCAUCGCAACAUCGAACCACCACCGAAGGUAAUACGUAACGUCCAAUCGAACGUACAAUCGAGACAAUCGAGCACAACGCCUAAGUAUCCGAUAAUCACCGUCACGGAGCACACGCCGACCCCGUCACCGGAUUAUAUGAAGCGACAGGGUUCCAUUGACUCUCAGCUGGACGCACUCAGUGCUGGUGGUAGUACAGGAAUGUUUAAAUCACAGAUGCUACGAUCACAUACGGAUUCUCACAUCGGUUACACAUGCAUCUCGGAUGAAACUGAAGCACCCGGUUCUUGCUUCUACAUCACUAAGGAGGGUACGAUCGACUACGAGGUCGUCCUGCUUGCAGUGCACUGUGUGUUCAAGCGUGACUCGAGCGUCUGCACGUUGCGCGUGCUGGAGGCGGGUCUCAACAUCUGCGAGAUCCUGCUGGAUUUGGGCGUACUGAAACUGGGUGACCAUGCGCAUUCGCUUGCGAUUGGUAUCGUGAAGCGUGCGUUUAUGCAUCUCGGGUGUCCGCACGGUUGUAAUGAUGCAAACCGUGGCCCACCGGCGGAAGUGUUACGUACCACCUGCAACUCCAUCCUAUCGCGACUGCUGCGCCAGAAUGGGAAAAUCCUGAAGGCAAACUUGCGUGCCUUCAUCAAGGAAUCGCCGAUACAUGAGAUCACCGAUUUUUUCCACGCGUACCUCGGCUUCUGUGUGGAUCCCAGCUCGCUGCUGUCACCGUUGAACCAUAAGAGAUCAUCUGGCAUAAAAUCGUUGAACGCUGACUUUGGCGGUAUAUCAGGCGGCCAGGGCGGGUACGCGACGAACUUCGGUAGCGGACUGACCGGCGGCACGGAGAGUCAACUGAUCGGGGCCAUCUUCAAGACGCUGGCGACCCGGCUGGUGCAGUCACUUAAGGAGCUCAAAUCCCAGGACAACCUCGCGCUCUACUGUGACAUCCGUCAGCUCAUCACGUACGUCAAGGGGGCCCACGGUGGUCCAUUCCGUGUGGUAGCGCUUAGCGGCAUUCUGGCUGUUACACCACGCCCCCACAAGCAGGCACCAAACAUGCAAACAACGCGCGUCAUACGCCACCUGCCAACGAACGACAUCCAGCUAUUGCAGCAGGAUGAGAAGGCACAGCGCAAGCUGCUGUUUAAGAAGAAGAGCACAUCCUCGACGUGUGUCAUCGUUCCUUUCCUGUUGCAGCUGUUAGAGACGGAGGGUUUUGAGGAGCCGAGCCGGGCUAGCCAGAGCCCGUUAAGCAAUCUGCGCCGUAAGGGGCCGCAAGUGCGGCCCACCCUUACCCCUCGCCAUAGCGAGCGGGCUUUACUAUCUGAUUCUACUUCCAGCUCGGAGCGUAACUCGGUCGGUCGGCUAACGGGGAUCGUGCGAUGGUUCCGGCGUUCGAAGGACCGCGAAUCGGUGGACCUGGAGUCGGGCAUACUGGCGGCGAGCGGAUCGGAAUCGAUGGCCAACUUCAUGCGCAAGGGUUCGCUCAACUUCCAGACACGCAACCGUGCGACCGAAGGCAUCGGCCGAUCGAUCCAGAAGGCGAAGCGGCGCCUCAAUCGGUUGGGGCUUGGCAAGGGCAAGAAGAAAACCGGCGGUACCGAGGAUGUUGGUGGAAGUUAUUUCAGCAGAAGAAGCUCGCUGGACGUGAGUGAUGGGCCGCGUGAAUCGGAGGUGGUAGUACUGAAAGAACGACGCCUUAUUCCAACGAUACCGGUUCGGGAAGGAAUGGCUCGAUUUGCCCUUUUGUUGGAGGUGUGCGCCCCUGGAUCAGUUCCCGAUCCCGCACUGAUCACGGCAUUGCUCGAUCUGCCACAGGCUCCGAUUGUUGCUCGGGCGGCCUUCUUGGUCGAGUGUGCCCACUUCGUUCAUCUGUGCAAUCGCGGACAGUGGCCAUCGUGGAUGAAACAAAAUCUGCCAGUCUUUAGACCGUCGGGACCGGCAAUGGGAACCCGUACGGCCAUGGCGGCCGGGACGCGUCGUGCUCACGUUCUGCAACGUGCGGCUGGCAAAAUGUUUCAUCAGUGGGGCGAAGCAUUAGGCGCUCGGUUGAACGAGAUGAUCAACAACGAUAAACUAACCUCGGAGCAGUUGGCUGCCAGCUUGUCCGAUCCAGAAAAACAGAAACAGCUGCUUCAGCAGGACGAGGAGGAAGAUUUCCUCGAUGAAACAAGCGUCAAUCCACACGGAAACGAUUGUCCACCGGCACUGAAACUGAUCGCCUGUGUGCUUUUGCUCGAGAUCACUGCCUUCCUGAGGGAAACGUACCAAACAUUACCGAAAGCGUCGCGUCUGUCCACCAAGGAGAAGCACACUCCGUGGGAUAAAGUUUGUCGUGGUGAAACCAAUCGUCGUUGGUCCAUGGCCCUCAGCUCCAUGGGCGGGCAUUCGCAAACGUCGGCGCAAAGUCUACAAUCGAUAGCCGGACAGACGGAACGUAAGAUUUCGUUCGUACUGCAGGAACCGGACAACGAGUCAGAAAACAGUAGCAACACAACGCUUACCAUCCAGGGAGAGGAAAACGUACAGCAAGGGCAGAAGCGUACGUUGGCUACAUCAAGGAACUUUCUGUUGCGCCGCGGCACGUCCGCCACACCGGCCGGUGGUUCGUUCAAGCGACGGUCGCUGAAGCUUCGCCGGGGUGCUAAAGAUCUGAAGGAAGUAGAAAAUGAAUAUCCGGUACGGCGUACCGAUUCCAUACAAUCUAAAAGGAAGGUAUCGUCACUCUCCGAUAGAAGCGAUAACUCCGAACCGGGACAAAUCAGUGGCGGAGAAGAGUCGCCGGGCAUCUUAAGCGACGACCAACCACCGGAAUCUCCGUGCGAUUCGAACGAUUCCGACGAAACAACCAAGAACCUUCCGUGGCUUAAAUCGGUUUCGAAUUUCCUGGGCUCGUUCAAUUAUUACUGCGAUCAUCAAAACUUUUGCCACCCGUACUGCUACCGUCGGCAUAUGCGUGCUGCUACAAAGUUGAUACGAGCUAUUCGCAAGGUUUAUGGCGAUCAGUUUGGCGUUACUCCGGUCACCUACGCUCAGCCGAACGAGUCCGCCAAGGGAACUACGCGUCGCGACCGGUCCAAACAGGGCCGCAAGGUGUCGGAUCAGAGCUCAUCUCAAACUUCACCUUCCAAGCGCAAGGACAGCGUAACAAAACGGGAUCGUAGGGUUUGCCUUUUGUCUCUUUUAGCUGGCUCAACGUCUUCUAACGUCUCUAUCAAUCUGCAAACCAUUAGGAUCUUGCUGCAAGACGAGUCCGAACCGAACACCUCCCAAUACUCAACGUUCAUACACGAACCGAAACACCACCAGGAAGAUCCACCGGUGCUAAAGUACAUCAAAAAUCAAGUCCGUGACGUCUUUCACGCUCCCAUUGCGUCGCUCGUCAAGGGUGCGGUCGUGCUGACGGAGGAACAGUUCGUGGAGGUCAUUCCGAUUGCGUGGGAGCUGCUGCUGGAAACCGACCAGGAGGUAUCGGCUGCUUCCGCGGCCCUGUUCAUACUGGCCUCGGUGAAGGCACCGAACACCGCUACGGACAUUAUGCAACGUUCGCUAAAGAACAAGUGUCCCAACACCCGCAUUCAGGCAAUACUGCGCUACCAGGUGCUGUGGAAGAACCGCUUCCAGGUGUGGCCACGCAUGGAGGAGGGCGCGCACCUUUCUUUCAAGGUGCCACCGCCCGGUAUUGAGUUUACGCUACCAUCGCCGAAGAUUGGCAUCGAAAGCUUGCCGGUGGUUGACCCACCCUGGAUGCCCCGUCAGCAAAACAAAGACAUGGAGGUCACAUUGAACCAGGAGCGGCAUCGUUCGUUGGUGACGGCCACAAAGACGCGCAAAAAACAGCAAACGGAAGCGAUCCGUCAUGCGAUGCUGCAGCAGGAAGACAAACAACGUUCGGAACGGCAGAGCUUCCUCAUCACUACGAUUCCCAUUACGCAGCAGGCGGCACACGAACCCGGUCUCGAUCAUGGGCCUGCUGAGGAUCACGUCGAGGAAGAGGAGGACGGUACCAGGUCGGCCAUCCAUAUGCAUGCGGCCCAUUCGCUGUUCCCGUCCUGCCUGUGCUCGUCCGUGAUGCAGAUCGUCGCGUGUUUGGAUGAUGCCGCCGUCAACUCGGACGGCUGUGCCGUGUACGAGAUAGCAUAUCAGGUCAUCUGGAUAUGUCUGGUCGAAGAUUCCGCCCUGUUUCUGCGCUACGUGCUCGAACGCUUGACGCGCGACCAUCAGGAUCAGAUGUUUAAGCUACUGAGACAUCUGAUCCGGUUCGUGCCGCGGUUGCCACAGCAGGCGGCAUUCGCACUGUACAACUACAUCAUAGGGUACGUGAUGUUUUACGUACGAUCGACACACGAAUGCAGCCAACAGCUCGUUGGAUCUGCUCUGUCCGUACUCUGGAUGGUAGUGCACAGCGUGCACGGUAUAAUGUUUAAGGACCUGAAACAGAUCCUGCGCAAAGAGCAGUGCGAUGCAUCGAUCCUACUGACAGCCAAUGUGCCCUCGGCAAAGAAAAUUAUCGUACACGGUCCGGAAGACGAAGGUGGAAUACCAUCCCAGUUCCCGGUACAAGAAGACACACAGUUCUCGCAGCUGCUCAGCGAAUCGUUAGACUUUUUCGGCAUCGAUGAGAAGAAGCAUGCACAGCACGUGCUGGUAGACUACAAGAGCCACCAAAUUCUGAACCCCAACUGGUACGUGCGAGAUCUCUACUUUUUCAAGCGAUCGCAGUACCCCCAACUGCGCCUGGUGGAGAUGAAAACGGAGGAAUCGUUCAACGCGCUGCAGCGCCAAGAGCUGUGCAAAAAGUUCGUCGAGAUCGGGAAGGUACAUCUGACCUGGGCCAUCCUAAAGAACGUAGACAUGGUCGUGCAGCGGGUAGUGUUCCUGCACGAGGAGCUCAUGAAGCUGCCAUCCUUUCCGCGCAAAGCGCUCGAGGUGGACCUGGACCUGCACCAGGGCGGCGAGCUCGGCAAGGAACUGCUCGGACUGGAUGUGCUGCACAAGUUCAUGUGGGUGCGGUUGAUAGCGCGCAUGUUCGAGGCGAUGGCCGGCAACUUUGCCUAUUCCGCCGAUAUUCAACUGUUUCUCAAUGUGCUGUCCGGGGCCGCACUGCUCCACUCGGAGGAUUCCUGCAUCAUGCGCUACGUCACGGCCACCUUCAUCAACGCGGCGUCCAACUUUAAGAACAUCUUCUCCACCAACGGCUACUUCAUGAUCAUGCCGGCAAUGUUGCAGGUGUACUCGCUCCAUCAAACGAACAAGCUCGUCACGACCACGAUCGAGUAUGCGGUGAAGCAGUUCUACCUGCUGAACCGGAAACCGUUCAUACUGCAAAUGUUCGGUUCCGUGUCGGCCAUCCUCGACACGGAUGAGAAUGGUACGUACGGCGAGGCGCACAAGGUGCAGUCGAGCUGUCUGUUCAAUCUGCUGCUCAGCCUGGAAACGCCCUCGCCGGAUCCGCUCAACAUAGCGGAGUUGGUCAAGGAGCCGAAACCGCUGAAGGCGAUCGAUUUCUGCUACCAUGAUGAGGAUGAGAUGGUGACGGUGCUGGAUUGCAUCACACUCUGCGUGAUGGUUGUGUCCUAUUCCGCCGAAAGUACCCGCGGCUAUCAGAUGUUGAUCAUUUUGGAAGCCAUCUUGCCCUGCUACAUGCAGCAGAUACAAUCCUCAUCGUACAUCCCACUGGAAGGGAAAUGUGAGCGGGACAUUAUUCUGCAGCUUGCCGUUACGAUUCGUACCAUGGUGCAUAACUGCGAGGGUUUAUCGAAGAGCUACAAUGGACCGUUCCGCAAUAGCCCAGAGCACAAGGGAUCAAGCCAGCGUAACUGCUCCCGCGGUCCGCCAUGCUCCCCGGGGUUGGAUUACGAUGACGAGUCGCACGCCAAGUACGUCAGCGAUAUUGGACGCUCGAAGAUGCUGAACGAAUCGGUCGAUGAUUCGGAAACGAUACGUGAAUAUCGUCGUCCCCGUGAUGUGCUGCUCUCGGUUGUCGGCGAGUUCAUCAUAUCAGCGUCGACCCGACUCGCAGAGCUUGCUCGCAAACAGGGCGAACCCAAGCCGAUGGAACUGCUGGACGUAAAAUGUCACGUGCGCUUGGCCGAAAUAGCACACUCGCUGCUGAAGGUGUCCCCGUACGAUCGCGAAUCGAUGGCGUGCCGUGGUUUGCAGCGGUACAUGCAAUGCAUCUUCCCGAGGGCCGAAUGGGCCGACGACCAUGGCAUGAAGCCAACGCUGGUUACCAUUCUGCGUCGGCUGGAUAAGGUGUUCCUGAAGAUCUCGAAAAAGUCUUCGGUGCGUCGCAACACAAACUGGGAGGCAGCUGCCGGUUUGCUGAAGGGCGUUUCCGAAGCCAUCAUUCGCUAUCCGCACAUCCUGCACUGGCGCGAGAUGAAGGCGCUGCUCACGAACGUGCAGAAUCUGAUCGUGAACGAGCCGGGCAACUUUCCGGAAGGUGUGUCCGGUGCCGGGGCCGCCCUGAUGUCGAAAAGCCCGCCGGCAUUCUUCUGCUCGAACGUGGUGCGGCUGGUGGCCCUCCAGGUGGUGUCUCCGAUCGAUUCCGUCUCCCACGGGCUGGAGCAAAUUUGUGGCGGCAGUGCCGAUUUCCCCACGCAGGAAAAGGCGGAAAGCUUCCUGAUGCAUCUGCUGAUGCCGCUGUGUCUGAAGGUUUGCAGCGGUCGGGGCAUAUUCGAUGUGGGUGAGCUGAAGCAGUCGGACAUUUCGUUUCUGGUGACGGCGGUGCUGAACGCGAUGAGUCCCGUGGCGGGCCGCACGACACAGAUGGGUAUGCAGACGAACCGUACCGGGGCAGAUUUGCGUGCUGGAUCGCUCACGUUCACUGGCAGCCGAGACGCAAAACGGCCGUCGAAGAUUUCCAGCUCGCUGUAUCAGGCCACCUUUCUGGCACUGCGCGUACUGUGCAUUUGCUUCGAAACGCGACUUUCCAACGAAUGGCCACGGAUUGCGCGGGUGAUGCGCGACCUAGGGCGCCGCAACGAAGCGGCACCGGAGCUGUGGAGUUUCCUGGAGUUUGUCGUGACGCAGCGGACUCCGCUGUACAUCGUGCUAAUGCCGUUCAUCAUGCACAAGAUCUCACAACCUCCCAUCGGAGAUCAUGAGCGGCAUAUGCAGUUUUUGAUACGAGAACGAAUGCGUGGCACCCAACCGACGGGCGGUACCAAGUCCCGUGGUGCUAUUUUAUUGGAGCUUUCGCGCGAGUUGCGCGAACUGCGAGAAGAACUGGAAACGAGACGAUAUGAUCGGGACAUGUCUACGGAAACUUCCAAGCGUGACAUUCCUAAUAUUCCGCCCGUACCGGAACAGCAACCGGUGCGCCAUCAGCAGCGCCCCUCGCUUAUAUCGAUGCUAACCGGUGUGCAGCCGCCGGGUGGCUUCCCUGUAUCGCUGCAGCAGCAGCAGCAACAGGCAGAUGCCCGCAGUGGCACCGGCAUCUGUACCUCCAGCGAUACCCUAUCCCAGCAAACCCUGCAGGCACCGAAAGGCGAAUCCCUGUCCAGCUCCACCACCACAACAAACCGUGACGCUGGUCUGAUUGCUGACACGCAGAGUGCCGAUCUGACCCUCACCUCAUGCACGUUGGCGGAUGCGGGCUCGGUAGAUCUACAGGCAACGCCGGUCGGUCGGGAUGGGCCCAACAUCGGCGGUAGCAUUCCGCACCUGUCCCACUCCGUCUCGCUGCAGGCGUCCGGUGUGAAGAGCCAGCCGCCCCGUUUGCGGUUCGUAUCUUCGGUCGAGUUUAAAACCUCCUCCGGCGAAACGUCAACCACACCGCUGUCACCCGACAGCCUCGCGGACGACAGUUCCGGCGAGAAUCACAACAAACAUCGGCUGCAACGAUCGCGCGCCCAGAGCCGUAAAACGUUCCGCAAUCGGCGCGGCAUGCGGUCGAACAAUUUUAACGAACCGAGCUACAUUCCCACCGUUGCUGGCGGUGCCGGUCUGUCGAUGGGUGGCCCAUCGGUACCGGGUACCGGUGGUGCGGGUUUGCCGGGUGGGUUGACCGGUACGCUCAUAGCCGGCGCCGGAGCAUCGGCAAUGCCACCGAUCGUCAAUGAACCACCGUACGUGGAACCGUUGAAUCGGGCCAUUGCCACGCUCGGCGAUCUGAGCUGGGAUUCGGUUUCGCAAACGUCUUCCACAUCCGGGUAUCGCGAUAACUACAGCCUGCAAACCGGGCUGCUCUCGCCGGACGGUUCCCUGUCCGGCAAUGCAAUGGGCGGACGGUCGUCAUCUCAGCAUUCGCUGCUGAUGCUAUUUGAAACGCAGGAUGAAGAUACACUCAUUUAA